CGGAGGGGAAAUGGCUGCCGAAAACAAGCCGGAAGGCCUGAAGAAAAUACGUAAUCCGGAUCGAAUGUACAGAACCGCCGUCGGUUACACUGGCCAUGUUCCUUCUAAGAGUGUCAGCGAUGACACAGACAACAACAAUGAACAUGGACAUUUGAAAAUCUACCUGCCCAAGAAGCUUCUGGAAUGCCUUCCCAAAUGCUCCUCCCUGCCCAAGGAGAGACAUCGCUGGAACACAAACGAGGAGAUUGCGGCCUACUUGAUAACAUUUGAAAAACAUGAAGAGUGGCUGACGACCUCACCCAAAACCAGGCCUCAGAAUGGGUCUAUGAUACUGUACAACAGGAAGAAGGUGAAGUACAGAAAAGAUGGCUACUGCUGGAAGAAAAGGAAAGAUGGCAAAACCACUCGGGAGGAUCACAUGAAACUCAAAGUGCAGGGAGUGGAGUGUCUAUACGGCUGCUAUGUCCACUCCUCCAUCAUUCCCACGUUCCACCGGCGCUGUUAUUGGCUGCUUCAGAAUCCUGACAUUGUGCUUGUCCAUUACCUGAACGUGCCUGCGAUAGAGGACUGUGGGAAGCCGUGUGGGCCCAUCCUGUGCUCCAUCAACACAGAUAAGAAAGAAUGGGCCAAAUGGACCAAGGAAGAACUCAUUGGGCAGCUUAAACCCAUGUUUCAUGGCAUCAAGUGGACUUGCAGCAAUGGGAAUAGCAGCACUGGCUUCUCAGCAGAGCAGCUCGUACAGCAGAUUCUGGACAGCCACCAGACCAAGCCCCCUCCCCGGACUCACAACUGCCUCUGCACGGGCAACCUGGGUGCUGGAAGCAGCCUACAUCACAAAUGCAACAGUGCCAAACACCGCAUCAUCUCCCCGAAAGUCGACCCGCGUGCUGGAGGUGCCUACGGCACCCACUCUGAGGUUCAGAACAACGAUGUGUCCGAGGGCAAGACGGAGCUCAGCCACAGCGGGGGGAAAAAUGGCAGGGCAGGGGGCGACUGCGCAGGAGGGACGGGAGGACGCGAGAAAAGGAAUGGCAAGGUGCACAAGCCGGCGCUUCUCCACCAGAACAGCAUGGAAGUAUCCUCCACCAAUCAAGUGGAAGUACCAGAUACCACCCAGAGCUCGCCUGUGUCCAUCAGCAGUGGCCUAAACUCUGACCCUGAUAUGGCCGACAGUCCGGUAGUGACAGGAAUGGGUCAUGUUGCCUCAGUAAUGAGUAGCCUGUCUCAGUCCACCUCUGUUUUCAUGUCCGAAGUCUCUGGAGACCCUGUCUAUAGUAUGUCGCCCACUGUAGACCCCAAUGCUCAUCUCUUAGGUCCAGACACCGCUUCAAGCAGUCUGGUUUUGGCGGUGACAGCCGAAAGCCACAAGUUUGCCUUCGCUGGAGCAGUCGGAGUAGGUUUAGCAGACACAGCGUCAACAGAUGGACUCGCUAUGUUGUCGACAGCCAGCGUAUCUGAAGAACUGGUGCUCUCUAGUAACCUGGAGUCUGGAAGUAUCAAGCUGCCUGAGACGAAUAUGAACUUUGACCCUGACUGCUUCCUUAACAACCCCAAGCAAGGUCAAACCUACGGAGGAAAUGGGAUGAAAAUGGAGGAGAGCAGUGGCAGCAGCUGUAGUAAUGGGGGUAUGCGAUGUUCUCCACCACUCAAUGACAACGGGUACGGCUUCAACGCCGCUCUGGUGAAAAACAUCAAGACCGAGGACAUGUCGUUUGAGCAACAGUUGGCUUCAGAGGGUGGCUAUCAAGUUGGGGAAGUCGUGAGUGGUGCUGUUGGUAUUUCUGGUUCCUCAAGCAGUGGACCUGCCCAAAACUCCCUGGCUUUGACUCCAACUGGUUCGUUGUUGCCCUCUGGAGGUGGGCUGAGUCCUAGCACCACGCUUGAACAGAUGGACUUCAGUGCCAUUGACGCAAAGCAAGACUAUCCAACCAGCGUCAUGUCUGCUGCAGGCUACGGCCAAGCAAUCUCCAGCUCUCACCUGGCCCAUCAAAGCCACUCCCCAAAUUUCUUCCUCCAAGGUUCUCCACAGUCCACCCAAACCCAACAGAACAACUCUGGUUCCAACCAGAACUCCCAUGACACCGCGUACAUGGGCUUGUCUGUGGUCAAAACGGACUCAACGGGAACCAGUGGGCAUCUGCACCACCAUCAUCACCACACUGCCUCUAACUGCAAUGGCAGCUCUCCAAGCGAACAGAAUGGACAGGCUGGUUCUCUUCAGCUUUUGCAGUACCAGAACCGCUUUCCAACUCCAGGUCAAGACCAUGAAGAAGUUGGUGGCUUGGAGCAGCCGACAGGAGCAGAAUCAGAGAAUGGAAGCUCUCAAGAGAAGGAGAAUGAGGGUUUGAUGAAACCAGGUGACCACUUGCAGCCAGUUGUGGCAGGAGAAACUGACGGUGUUGGGGGCACAGAGCACUACCUCCAACCUCCAGCAGAGGGCAAUGGGGUGGGGCCAGGGAAUGGGCCAACGAGCACGAGGGGGCCGGAUAAUGGAACCCUUUGUAACGGCGGUGAGGGAAACGGAUCCACAAACAGCCCCCAUCAACAGAUCCAGCCGCUUCUUCAAGGAGCCGGUUUGGUGCAGGGGCUUUUCAGCGGCAUAGGGACCCACGGCAGUGGAACCAAUGGAGGAGGCUCCAUGGAAAUCAACCUGGACCAUUUUGAUGUUUCCUUUGGGAAUCAGUUCUCAGAUCUCAUCAAUGAUUUCAUCGCUGUGGAGGGUGGAAGGGGUGCAGCUGUAGUACCGGGUACCAACACGCUGUAUGGUCACCAACUCAUGGCCCAUUCGGGAAUAGAGGGGCAGGUUUCCUCUGGAACCACAUCGCAACAGGUUCCAGAAGAUGGAGCUCAUGGGGCAAGUGGGUAUAAUUCGGCAGAGCUCUGCCUCCAGCCCUGUUGCAGUCCACAGUCCACACAGGCUGGCAAUGUGACGGGCGAGGCAGGGCAGCUGGCGUACAUGCAGGUGGCUGAUGCCGUGUCUGCAGUUGUGGCGCAUGGUAACAUGGGAAUGUUGCAGGCCACCGGAAGGCUGUUUGUGAUGACGGAUUAUUCUCCAGAGUGGUCUUAUCCUGAGGGUGGAGUGAAGGUGCUGAUCACCGGUCCAUGGCAGGAGGCCAGCAGUGAAUACACCUGCCUGUUUGAUCAGAUAACAGUUCCAGCCUCUCUCAUCCAGCCUGGGGUGCUACGCUGUUACUGUCCAGCUCAUGACACAGGCCUGGUGACUCUGCAGGUGGCAGCCAGCAGUCAAAUCAUCUCCAACUCUGUGGUGUUUGAGUAUAAAGCUCGAGCCCUCCCUGCUCUGCCCUCCUCUCAACACGACUGGCUCUCUCUGGACGAUAACCAGUUCAGAAUGUCCAUCCUGGAACGUUUGGAGCAGAUGGAGAGAAGAAUGGCAGAGAUGGCUGGUCAACAGCAACAGGGUGGUGGAGGCACGUCGGAGAGCGGAGGAAGCGGAGGAACCGGAGGUAGUGGAGGAGGAGAAGGAGGAAGAGGCAAUUCCGACCAGGCACAGUUUUCACCAGGUCAGAGCCAGGGUCAGGCGGGCAGCUCCUUUGAGAGCCGUGUGGUUGUAGUUUGUGAGAAAAUGAUGAACCGGUCCUGCUGGGCCAAGUCCAAGCACCUAAUUCAUUCCAAGACAUUUCGGGGCAUGACUUUACUCCACCUGGCAGCCGCCCAGGGUUACACCACCCUUAUCCAAACACUUAUCAAGUGGCGCACCAAGCAUGCAGACAGUAUUGACCUGGAACUGGAGGUGGAUCCUCUAAAUGUUGAUCACUUCUCUUGCACACCACUGAUGUGGGCCUGUGCUUUGGGUCACAUGGAGGCGACAGUGGUUCUGUAUAAAUGGGAUCGGCGAGCUUUGGCCAUCCCCGAUUCUUUGGGUCGCUUACCGUUGGCUAUCGCCCGGUCCCGUGGCCACACCAAGCUAGCUGAGUAUCUGGAAAGCCUUCAGAGGGAAGAGCAGCAGUCAGGAGCUUUGACUACAACUCCCAGCAUGCCUUUCUCUCCAUCUGCUGAGGCAUCAACCGCAGAGGGCUGGAUGAAUGUUUGGGGAACUGAAACGGCUUCAGUUGGACUGAAAGAAAGCAGCAUCACCAGUUCUGCUUCAAUCUCUGGCUCAGACUUGAGAAGACCCAGAUCAGAACCGUCCAGUUUUUAUAGCAGUGAUAGUCAUGGUGAUGCCCCGUUGAGUAAGAAACACAAGCCCAACCCUGACAGCCACCAAACUCUGCUCAGCAAACCCUGUUCUGCCCCUCUCGGACUGGAAGAACAGGCCUACAAGCCUAAAACGUGUCCCUCCAAGCCUAGAGAAGGUACUGUGGAUAAAGAGCCAAGAGAUGGGGAGCAUUCUCAGACAAAGCUGGCCUCUUGUGGAGGUGGCCGAUGGAGUUCGAGACAGGCUGCAGGACGUAGGGUGCCAACUGGUGGACUUGGCAAGGAAAGGCUGGCAAACAGGCUGAGAUUAAGAGAAAUGGCUAGCACAGGGACAAUCUCUGAUCUGCGGACAAGCCAAGAGGAUUUGGAGAACACUGGAGACCUGCAGAACAUGAACAUGAUGACUUUAGCAGAAGAAGUAAUUGCGGCAACAUCUGAUCGCAUCAAGAGGGAAAACUUUGCGUCAGAGUCGGCAGUAGACAGUGUUGGAGUCAGCAACACCAUGAGCUGGUUGGCCAGUUACCUGGGAGAUGCAGAGAGGUUCCUGUUUAACAAGCCCCUAACUUCCUCUCCUGGUCUGGGUGCCAUUCAUAGUGGAGGACAGCCAGAACUCGAUGGUCCUCUUGGGAAACUCGGCCUCCAGUCCCCUGCGGAAUGGACUGCUCUUCUCAACGCCUCCCACAGCAAGGAAGAGCGUGACUUGACCAAGCUGGUGCUGUCCGAUCCUGAACAGAGAGAACUGUACGAAGCAGCCCGCCAGGUCCAGAACACCUUCCGCAAGUACAAGGGUCGUCCGCUCCGGGAGCAACAAGAACUGGCCGCUGCUGUCAUUCAGCGUUGUUAUAAGAGGUACAAACAGCUGACAUGGAUAGCCUUGAAGUAUGCACUUUAUAAAAAGAUGACGCUGGCCGCCAUCCUUAUCCAGAGUAAAUUCCGCAGCUACCACGAACAGAAGAAGUUCAAGCAGAGUCGCAGAGCAGCCGUGCUGAUCCAGCAGUAUUACCGCAGCUACAAGGAGCUCGGCCGGCUGAACCCACGCAGCCGGGCCACUGCAGCUGCACUGGUGCAGCACAAACUCAGAAGCAGUUUACUGACCAAGAGACAAGACCAAGCUGCUAGAAAAAUCAUGCGAUUUCUACUGCGGUGCCGUCACAGCCCCUUGAUGGACCAUAGGCUAUUCAAACGGGGUGAAAGAAUUGAGAAAGGCCAAGGAACAUGAGAGCACAGCAGAGAGCCCCGUCGCAGUGUAACAUCUACAAACAGACUCUUCCUCUUCAUUGUUUUUACAAGAGACAAUUUACAAAAAAGGCAAAAAAUAUUUCUGAAGCCGAAAAGAAGAGCGUGGAAAAUGCGACGGCUGAACUCUGUCAGCAGUGUGACUGAUUCUGCUACAGCAUUGUGUAUUUUUCUCGCUACAGGGGACCUAAUCGAGACUAUUGGGGAAAUAUGACAUUAUCUUCAUGGCAUUUUUGCACUCUUCAUAGAUUUGGUUUUUUUUUAGAUGAAAAACGGAACGAAGAAGCAAAGGCUUUUUAUUGUGACGACGCUUGUACAUAAUCUUGCAAGAUGAACGAAGGAAACCAGAAAUACAUCAUGCUGGAAGUCGCUUCAGAUUACAUUUUUAUAUUUUGAAAGGAAAGAAAUACAAUCAGUUUAAAAAAAAAAAAAAAAGAACAAAAUUUAUAAAAUGUAAACCAAAAAAGGCCUCAUUUCAUUGACCAUAUGCAUGCAGAGUAUUUGAAAUUGAUCCAUCAUCUCCACAAAUCUUUGUUUUCAACAAACGCUGUCCGUUCAUUCAAAGGGAGCGCCCUCAUAUGAAUGUAGAUGGGGUCAGGGCAAAAAUGCUGGGUUUGAAAUA